AUCGACUCUGUGAACCAAUGGCGAGGCUCCUCUCAGAUGCACUUCCUGGUUUGGUUUGUUUUGUUUCUCUGCAUUGAUCAUGGCUGCCGAGGGAGAUUUUCUGGCGAGAUACCGUGCCGUGUCAAAUAAACUGAAAAAACGUUUUCUCCGGAAGCCUAAUGUUGCAGAGGCAAGUGAGCAGUUUGGUCAGUUGGCUAAGGAGCUAAAGCAGCAGGACUGCCUUCAGUAUGCUGCCUUCUGUAACCUGGCCAUGGCUCGGUGUGAGCAGACUCUUUUUAACGCUCCCGGAGAGGCUCUGGCGUUGACUGAUGCAGCCCGCCUCUUCCUCUCCUCUGAGAAGGAGAACCGGGCGCUGCAGGCACCGGGCUUUGACGAGCACCUUCAAGCUGCGCUCAACUGCUACAGCUUCGCCGUCAAGGUGCACAUCGAGAUGAACCAGCCUGUGAUGGCAGCCAGCCUGUGUCUAGAACUCGGCAAUGCUCUCAAGGAGAUGAACCGGCCAGGAGAGGCUAUCGUUCACUUCCAGAGGGCUGCGGAGCUGCAAACACAGACGCCAAUUGAAAAUCUGCUGUCGAUGGGAGAAAUGGCCACGUGUAAAAUUCUCACCCGUGACUACGACGGCGCUCUGUCGGUGUUCACAGAGAUGCAGCUGACGUGCCAGGAGAGAGGACUGCAGCUACCGGGCAUCAACACUCCUGUUGGGGCCUUUUUGGACAUUGUGGCAAAAUGUGAAAUCUCCAGAGUUCUGCUGCUCAUGUUACUUGAGCCUCCUCCUCAGAAACUGUUACCGGAACAUGCCCAGACCCUUGAGAGAUACGCAUGGGAGUCUUUUGAGCCUCACAGCCAAGUGACUUUCCUCCCGGAGAAUGUUUUCCUGCUCCUGCAGUCGGUCGUGAUGGCGUGUCAGGAGAAAGACACAGAGUCCCUCAAGUCUCUUCAGAUUGAGCUUUGGCCGUUUCUGACUGCAGAGCAGAAUCACCUUCUCCACCUGGUGGUUCAGGAGCGCAUCACACCGUCUGGACAGGGCAUUUAGUCAGCAAGGGUUUUACUCACUUCCUCUGGGAUUGACUCUGUAUAUAAUGGAACAUUCCUGAUUCUGACUGGGCCUGUUGUAAGGCCCGAGAAACUGUUGUUUUGAAAACCUCCAUGUUGUAUCUGGCACUGAUAGAAAUACACAAACUUUUCUCUUUUAGAAAGCAAACUCCCAGAUUUCAGAAUCUGUGAAAGCAAAGAGUAUUUCGUUGUACUGUGUGUUGUGAUUUAAAUUAAAAUGAAUUUGAAUGAGAUCUCGGAUGCUCUUGAGACACUGAACUAAUGAAUGCAUAUGUAUUAUGCAACAGAGCAUAGUUUAACUUAAAUAGUUUAAUAGAGGAAACACAAAAGCUUUUGGUAUAAUUUGUUUUAUUAAUAAAUGAUAUGGCUUGAAUUCCAAUAUAAGUACAAACACAUUCUACUGCAUAAUUUCUGAAAUAUGGUGAAAUGAAACCACCUUGAUCUCUGUUCAGUUAAAGUUCCCCUGUACACAUUGCAUGCUAUCUGAUAAUAGCAGCCGAAAUACAAAAUAAAACAGUAAAAAAUGUUACAAAAAUAUAAGAAUUUUACAUUAAAAAGGAUACAUUAUACUAGUAAAAUGAGAAUACAUUAUUAAAACUACUUGUGCUGUA